GCGGCUUGGUGGACAAAAGGGAAGUGGGGGUCGACUGUGAAAGACGGGAAUUACGCAAAUGAGUCACUACACACUUGAUAAUUAUAUUAAUUUAAAUGCUAAUCCUUUUCACAAGAACGGUCACUCAUUCGGGAAUAAUUGCAAUCAAUAUAUAUUUACGCUGAGUGUGUCGUCCUAAUAUCUGUUGGAAUCGUCCGUCUUUCUGUUGGAGAGUUCGCCUGAUCGUCUCUCGUGGCUAGAAUGGAUACUUCAGAGUCCCAUUUCAGAAAUGUUCUUGUAGAUAGAUGUUUUGGCGGUUGUCGGACUUCGCGUUCAAUGACCCUGAACAGCACCCACGCGAAUAGGAUAAUCACGGAGAAACCGGGCCGCGUUGAUUCAUCUGAGAGCGGGCUUGGGUUGAAGGAGCAUUUUCUGAUUGUUACACAGCACAAUAGGCUGCGCAGCUGGGUCACCCCCAUGGCCGCUAACAUGCAAAAAAUGGACUGGAGUGAAAAGCUGGUCAAACUUGCCCAGGGGAGGGCAAAGUCCUGCCACACAAAUCCCGCUCCUCAGGACCAACCGCUCCGCCACAUUGGCUGGAACACCCAUUAUUCAGCCCAUGCUACCAGCUCAUUUGCUGAGGUCAUUGACUCAUGGUUCGAGGAAGGGCGGGAUUACAUGUACCUGAGUGGGCAAUGCAGAGAGAAUGCUACCUGCCAACACUACACACAGUUGGUGUGGGCCACCUCCAGUAAUGUGGGCUGUGCCAGACAGUUGUGUCUGAGGGGUGAUGCUCUCUGGGAACUGUUUGUCUGUGCAUACUCCCCUGGGGGUAACUGGGAGGUGAAUGGGAGGUUGGUGGUGCCCUAUGUGGCUGGUUUCUCCUGUUCUCUCUGCACCUCUUCCAUGUCAGGCUGCUUCAGACUGUGGGACCAUGUGGGAGGACUGUGUGAGACCCCCAGGAAUCCAUGUCGUAUGAGCUGUGGGCAGCAUGGUCGUCUGAACAUCUCCUCCUGCCAGUGUCAUUGUGGGCCUAGAUUCACUGGACGAUUUUGUCAGGUGCGCUGCAGUGUGAAGUGUGUGCACGGCCGCUACAAGGAAGAGGAGUGCUCCUGCAAGUGUGAUGUUGGUUAUGGAGGUGCUGAGUGUGCAGAGAGGCAGCAGUUUCCCUUCCACAGCUGUGACGUGAGGAUAGAUGGAGAGUGCUUCAUGGUGUCUCCAGAGGUCGACACCUACUAUGGAGCCAAGACCCGCUGUCAGGAGCGAGGGGGGAUUCUGGCCCAGAUCCACAACCAGAAAGUUCAGGACAUCCUCGUAUUUUACCUCAGCCAGUUGGAGACCAGCAACGAGGUCACAGACCCUGACUUUGAGACACGCAACUUCUGGAUCGGGCUGACAUAUAAACCUCUAAAGGACUCUUUCCGCUGGGACUCAGGAGAAAUCCCCACAUACAACAGCUUCGCCUUUGGACAGCCUGACAACCAGGGCUUUGGGAACUGUGUGGAGCUGCAGGCUUCCAGCGCCUUCAACUGGAACGACCAGCGCUGUAAAACACGCAACCGAUACAUCUGCCAGUACGGUCCAGAGCACAUUGCCCUGUGGGAGGUUGGCCGGUGAUGAACUCUGCACUCGGGGGUGGAGAGCACAGCAUUGGAGGGGUUGGGGAGGUGGGUUGUUUGGGCCGUUCGUUGGACCCGGUCUGGGUGUGUCAAGCAGAAGCUGGUCUUAUUGGUCUUAUUUCAUCCAGUGUUUUUCACUCCAACCCUUGUUGCACAUAUCCCCUGUUGCUGGUCAGGACUGGGCCCGUCUAUCCAGUGCUCAACUGUAGAUGGUCCAUGGCAGCACAAAUCUGUUUUGUACUGUGCAGUUUUCUGUAUUGCAUAUGAUUUUUUUCAGACUUAGCUAAAUUAUGAUUCAUUUGUGAUGUUUGCCAUAACUGCCUCCCUUCAUUGUCAGUUUGAUUGUACAAUUCUCCCCAAUGCACUGAAUGUACAGUACCAUGACAACCACUAUUUUUGCUUUCUCAAUCAUCCAGUAAGUGAAUUAAAACGGUUUGCUACAA